AUGGGCGACUCGCUGGUCACCAACUGGCGCCUCGCCGCGGCCGCCGCCCGCGUGGCGUCGCGGUCUCCGCAGAGAGCGGCUGUCGCCGAGUCGAUCCAGGCACUCGUCUUCCACGCAAAUGUGGGCAAGGACUUCCUCUUGCUGCCCUACGCCUUCGCGUACCCUCUGUACGACGAAGACGCGGCACGGGCUCUGAAUUACGCUGGUAUGGGAAGCCAGGUGGCGCAGGCGCUGGGUAAGCUAUUCCUGGCGGCCUACCGGAGCAGCUCGCCACCAGCACGGGAGUCAAUCCUGGAGUUCAUGCACUGCGUCCAGCCCGACGCCAGCAGUGCACGCCAGGACGAGAGUCAAAUGAUGCAGGUGCUGUCGUUCAACGUGCUCUUCGACACGUACAGGGCGCAUGCCGAGGCCGGGGACAAGCGGCUCGUGGGGCUCGAGGUGCUGACGCUGCCCCAGCUGUUGUUCGUGGCCGCCUGCUAUGCAUACUGUCCCGGCGGCGGCCUGCAUUCACCCGCGUUCUACAUAGCCGGAGUACCGGAUCUGUGGCCGGGGACCGAGCCCCACUGCGACGCCAUGUUGCGGCGGACAAGACAAUUCGCGCGCACUUUCGGGUGCGCUCCCGGCACGCACAUGAACACCGGCGCCGACAUGUGCAGCCUAUUUCCCUGAGAUGCCACUCCCCGCAGUUGGCCUCCACGGGUUGCAAGUUUUGCCCCUCAGUCGAAGUAGGGGCGCAUCGAGUUGAGGCGCCGAAUAUCGGUCGCGAAGUGUUGUCGUUUGGCGGACAUAUUGAGGAUCUGGUGACGAAGUUUGAACCCAGCGUUGUUGUGAUACAAUUAUCUUGCUGAAUCGAAGGCGACGAGUGGUGUAAUAAUUUACUAUAUUAUGUUGUCAAUAUUAAGUUGAGGGGCACUUUGCAACAACAUACAUUUACUCCGUGUGGUUCAGUUUAUUUUUGUGUUGUGCAACGUCUCACAGUACAUUGUUCGUGUUUGAUGCUGACUCAUCUAAUAAAUAUGUAACUGUAAUUUAUUUGAGACUCAAUAUACUUCUCCUCUUAUGUCCCGACAGGCGCCUUCUACGUCCAUUAAUUAUCGUUCUCCGUGCAUAUGUCGGUAUA